UUUCUUCACAGAAGUAGUUGUCUUGUGCUGGCAGAGUUAGGCGCCGCGAUCCCGUGCGCUGGGUAGGGCAGUGCUGUAACUCGCCUCUGAUUAAACACUUUCCCCUCGUUUUGCUCUGUUGUCCCUUCCUUCCCAGGGACCACACAAGGGGCUAUCGACCCGGCUCCCUCUCUCUGUGUGAGGACUCCGUUUUGCGUCUCGGACUUUAAUAGGGGAAGCCUGUCUGGAGCAAGGAGUGACCCGGAUCUUUGGAUGCCCAUGGAGGGAGACGUUAUGGACAAACUGGAUGAUAUGGCCUCUGUGAGUGAGUUUGACCCCAUCGCAGGCAAUAUUCCAGCCACCAAAGUCGAGAUUACUGUGUCUUGCAGGAAUCUACUAGAUAAAGAUACAUUCUCCAAAUCAGAUCCACUCUGCGUCCUGUACAUUCAAGGAGUUGAAACCAAGCAGUGGAGAGAGUUUGGAAGAACAGAAGUGAUUGACAACACAUUGAACCCAGACUUCAUCCGAAAAUACAUCCUAGAUUACUUCUUUGAAGAGAAACAGAAUCUACGCUUUGACUUUUAUGACGUGGAUUCAAAAAGCCCAGAUCUGUCAAAACAUCUCUCCGAACUCAACGACUUUCUCGGGCAGACUUUCUGCACUUUGGGGGAGAUCGUGGGCUCACCAGCAAGCCGUCUGGAAAAGCCCUUGAGUGGGAUCCCAGGGAAGAAAUGCGGGACAGUCAUUUUAUCAGCGGAAGAGCUUGGAAACUGCAGAGACUAUGCGACUAUGCAGUUCUGUGCCAACAAGCUGGACAAGAAGGAUUUCUUUGGGAAGUCAGACCCGUUCAUGGUCUUUUACAGAAGCAAUGAAGAUGGAACGUUUACAAUCUGUCACAAAACGGAAGUGGUGAAGAAUACCCUGAAUCCAGUGUGGCAAGCGUUUGCAAUCCCAGUCCGAGCCCUCUGCAAUGGGGACUAUGACAGGACAAUUAAGGUGGAGGUCUACGACUGGGACCGGGAUGGGAGCCAUGACUUUAUUGGAGAAUUUACAACCAGCUACCGAGAGCUAGCCAGAGGACAAAGCCAGUUCAAUGUAUAUGAGGUGAUAAAUCAAAAAAAGAAAAUUAAGAAAAAGAAAUACUCCAACUCGGGAACAGUUACGUUGCUGUCCUUCACAGUGGAAUCAGAGUACACAUUCCUUGACUACAUCAAAGGGGGGACCCAGAUCAAUUUUACAGUGGCAAUCGAUUUCACCGCGUCCAAUGGGAACCCAUCCCAGUCCACCUCUCUGCACUACAUGAACCCGUACCAGAUGAACGCGUACGCCAUGGCGCUGAAGGCAGUGGGUGAGAUCAUCCAAGACUACGACAGCGACAAGAUGUUCCCUGCGCUGGGCUUCGGUGCCAAGCUGCCUCCUGAUGGAAGGGUCUCGCACGAAUUCCCUCUGAAUGGCAAUACAGAAAACCCAUACUGCAAUGGGAUAGAGGGAAUAUUAGAAGCCUACCACCAGAGCCUGAAGACUGUUCAACUCUAUGGGCCAACCAACUUUGCACCAGUUGUCAACCACGUGGCAAGGUAUGCCGCUGCCGUUCAGGAUGGCUCGCAGUAUUUCAUCCUCCUAAUUAUCACAGAUGGGGUCAUAUCAGAUAUGGCUCAGACAAAAGAGGCCAUUGUGAGCGCCGCUAAACUUCCAAUGUCCAUCAUCAUUGUUGGAGUGGGACAGGCUGAAUUUGAUGCAAUGGUGGAAUUGGAUGGAGAUGAUAUCCGAAUCUCUUCCCGAGGGAAGUUGGCGGAGCGUGAUAUUGUCCAGUUCGUCCCGUUUCGAGAUUACAUGGACCGCACAGGGAACCACGUGCUCAGCAUGGCCCGGCUGGCCAAGGAUGUCCUGGCAGAGAUCCCAGACCAGUUCAUUUCCUACAUGAAGACGCGGGGCAUCAAACCCAACCCGUCCCCGCCCCCCUACACGCCUCCCAGCCACACCCUCCACACACAGAUCUGACCCCAGACCCGGCGGAAGGGCCCGGGACACGCAGAGGGGUCUGGAUUGUCUUGCGUAUCAGCCGCUCGUGUUCUGUCCAUAGGUAGCAGGGGGGAGAAACAGAAGAGUCUGUAUUUUGUUACUGUCACUCAACAAACUGAGAAAAUUCUUUAACUGAGACACACUGGCAAAGGCAAGUUGUAAGAGAAAGGACCGGGAACGAAAGGAAUGUCACACAGAAGAGUGUGGUUCUGAUUUUGUAGAUUCUUCUUCCCAUGUGUGAUUGUCUGCCUGUUCUGAAGACCUUGUAGUAUGAUGAGACCUGAGCAGCGAGUAGGAGAAAGCUGUCUGUCAGUCUGUAUGUAGAUACCUUUCUAAACGGUGUCCUUUGGGUUAUGGAAUUUACACACAGUGAUUUAUAGAGUUUUAACUAUUUAUAAUGGAAAAUAUCAGGGUCCUUGAGGGGACCAUUUCCUUUUAUUAAGUUUAUUUGAAGUUAAAGCAUCUACUAGCGGCUUUCCUUAUAACAGUGAUGGACAAAGCAUGGCAUGGAGCAAACUAAGUGGCUCUUCAGUAUAGUAUUAAAAUGAGGUGUUUUUUUUGUCCUAAUGCGAAUUGCCUUUUUAUUCUCCCUUGGCUUUAAUGAAUACUGCGGAAAUGAGAAUGCACGCUCCUCGAGAGGUCUUCACGCUUCACACUGGCCUGCUGUGAACUGUUUUGUUUUACCUGCUCAAAUCCACUCGAGGUUGAACAGAGGACUCUUGUGACAGCACACCAAAAGCACAAGAAAUCAUCUUAUUAUUACUUAACCAUCAUCUUCAUAGUGCACUGCACCUCCCUCUUUAGAAGACACCCCGUAUGAAAGGGUGUAACCCUAUACAGUGUCUACACAACACUAUUUCUAUACUACUUCUCUUAUUAGAAGUGACGAUUGCAAUAGUUAAUAGACCACAUCUCUUUUUUGUUCAGGAUUACAACAUUUUAUGCCAGUAUGACACUCUCAUUUACUUGUGUAUGCAAAACAUCAUGGUAAAACUAACAAAUAUGUGCAGGAAGCCGGAACUCCCAAAACCUACUGAAUCUGUUUCUCUGAUUUGGCACCAAACCCAAAAUAUGAAGGUCUUCUGCUCCUAUAACCUCUGGUUCAGCCCUGUUUGGCAAUAAAAGAGGAGCUUACAUGGCUAUAAAAGCAUCAGCAAGAAUCAUUUGGCCUGACCUUGUUCUGCUAGAUAUCAACAGCGCAGAGUAUGCAAUUCUCUGGCUCCUUUUUCUCUCUCUCUCUCUCUCUCUCUCUCUCUCUCUCUCUCUCUCUCUCUCUCUCUCUCUCUCUCUCUUUGGUAAUGGCUGCUCAGUUGCUUGCAAAAUGUUCCUCAUUGUAUAAAGAUAUCCAGUUGAGGAAGAAGAAAAUGUCACUGCAGCAGCUUACCAAUCUGUAAAGAUCUCUGAGCUAUUAUGUUUGCAUGUCUGUCCUCCGAAUAAAGCUUGACCUGGCUUUCUGAGAAAUGUCCUCCCAACAACUUAGGCUCAUGUUUUGAUUGGUAAAUGAACCCCUUGUGGGCAUAUCUUGGAACUGCUCACCCAUACACCCCCAAUCAUCCCCCUGAUUGGACGGUCAGCAGGGGGUGGUGUCCAGUUAUCUCAUUUUAGAAUGUACUCGUUUAUUAAUAAAUUCAUCACAUCUGUUCAACGCUCUUUAAAAUCACCUCUGAAUUCCCUUCAGCGACGGACUAGAUUUUCAGAACACUAUAUAACUGAUAAUGAUGUAAUACAUAUUGAAAUAUUAGUUUCUACAGGGAAUUCACAUUUGCUGUUCAAUAAAAGCAAAAUAGGAGAGAAGGGGGGGCGGCACAAUGGCAUGGUGGUUAGCACUGCUGCCUCACAGCUCCAGGGUCAUGGGUUUGAGUCCGCUCUCAGGGGUCUGUCGGUGUGGAGUUUGCGUGUUCUUCUCGUGUCUGCAUGGGUUUUCUCCAGAUACUCCAGUUUCCUCCCACAGUCCAAAGACAUGCUGUUCAGGUUGAUU